ACAGCCCAUUUAUGGGCGCAGCUGAGGGCAGAUAUCAGUGUCGAUGGCAUUCACUCUGGCUAUUCUUAGGAGCCUCCCAGGAGCUCCACACAGCCCAGCUGGGCAGCAGGGGACAGAGCAGAGGCCGCAACUGUCAACUCCAGAAUGUCUUACAGUGUGACCCUGACCGGGCCUGGACCCUGGGGCUUCCGCCUGCAGGGAGGCAAGGACUUCAACAUGCCGCUCACCAUCUCUCGGAUCACACCAGGCAGCAAGGCAGCCCAGUCCCAGCUCAGCCAAGGUGACCUUGUGGUGGCCAUUGAUGGUGUCAACACAGAUACUAUGACCCACCUGGAGGCCCAGAACAAGAUCAAGUCAGCCAGCUACAAUCUAAGUCUCACCCUGCAAAAGUCGAAGCGCCCCAUUCCCAUCUCCACGGCAACACCUCCAAUCCAGUCCCCUCUGCCGGUGAUACCCCACCAGAAGGACCCUGCUCUGGACAUGAACGGCAGUCUGGUGGUGCCCAGCCCCAGCCCUGAGGCACCGGCCAGCCUAGGCAACCCAGUCACAACGGAGCUCAGGCAGAACUUGAGCUCCUCCUUCUCCCAGACCUCUGUCUUCUCCCACAUGGAGGCCUCUGACCCCUCCCCUCCAUGGGGCAGCCUGGGGGCCAAGACCAGCCCAGAGAGCCCAAAAAUCCCACUGGGCUCGAGACAGCCAAAGCAGUAUAACAACCCUAUUGGCCUGUACUCAGCAGAGACCCUGAGAGAGAUGGCUCAGAUGUAUCAGCUGAGCCUCCGAGGGAAGGCCUCAUGUACUGGACUCCCAGGAGGCGCCGACUACCAGGAACGCUUCAACCCCAGUGCCCUGAAGGACUCGGCCCUGUCGACCCACAAGCCCAUUGAGGUGAAAGGACUGGGAGGCAAGGCCACCAUCAUCCACGCUCAAUACAACACGCCCAUCAGCAUGUACUCCCAGGAUGCCAUCAUGGACGCCAUCGCUGGGCAGGCCCAAGCCCAGGGCAGUGACUUCAGUGGGAGCCUUCCUGUUAAAGACCUGGCUGUGGACAGUGCCUCUCCUGUGUACCAGGCUGUGAUUAAGAACCAGAACAAGCCAGAAGAGGAGGCAGAUGAGUGGGCCCGCCGCUCCUCUAACCUGCAGUCUCGCUCUUUCCGCAUCCUGGCCCAGAUGACAGGGACAGAGUACAUGCGAGACCCGGACGAAGAAGCUCUGCGAAGAUCAAGGCCACAGACCUCUGCCUACAGCCCUGCAGUAGCCACCUCUCCAGCACCUGCUGCCCACACCAGCUACAGUGAGGCCCCAGCUGCCUCUGUGUCCAAGCCCCGGGUUGUGACCACAGCCAGCAUCCGGCCUUCUGUCUACCAGCCAGUGCCUGCAUCUACCUAUAGCCCAUCCCCAGGGGCAAAUUACAGUCCAGCUCCCUACACCCCCUCACCUGCUCCUGCCUACACCCCAUCAUCUGCCCCCACCUACACCCCCUUACCAGCACCAGCCUACACCCCCUCACCUGCCCCAAGCUAUAACCCUGCACCCGCAGCCACCUACAGUGGGGGCCACUUGGAGCCUACCAGCCGCCCUCCCUGGGUGACAGAUGACAGCUUCUCCCAGAAAUUUGCCCCUGGGAUGAUUACCACAACACUCAGCAAGCAGCCUCUGCCCCGGGGGGCCCCAGCCUAUACUACAACAAGUCCCCAGGUGCCCCCCCUUGCCAGGGGCACCGUGCAGAGGGCCGAGCGCUUUCCAGCCAGCAGCCGGACUCCACUCUGCGGCCACUGCAACAGUGUCAUCCGGGGCCCCUUUCUGGUAGCCAUGGGUCGCUCCUGGCAUCCAGAAGAGUUCAACUGUGCCUACUGCAAGACCUCCCUGGCAGAUGUGUGCUUUGUGGAGGAGCAGCACAACGUCUACUGUGAGCGGUGUUAUGAGCAGUUCUUUGCCCCGCUGUGUGCCAAGUGCAACACCAAAAUUAUGGGGGAAGUGAUGCAUGCCCUGAGACAGACUUGGCACACCACCUGCUUCGUGUGUGCAGCCUGCAAGAAGCCUUUUGGGAACAGCCUGUUCCACAUGGAAGAUGGGGAGCCCUACUGUGAAAAAGACUACAUCAAUUUGUUCAGCACCAAGUGUCACGGCUGUGAUUUCCCCGUGGAGGCUGGUGACAAGUUUAUCGAAGCCCUAGGACAUACUUGGCAUGACACUUGCUUCAUUUGCGCAGUCUGCCAUGUGAACUUGGAGGGGCAGCCAUUCUACUCCAAGAAGGACAAGCCCCUGUGCAAGAAGCAUGCACAUGCCAUCAACCUGUAGGGCCGGGGCAUCUGGUGCCAACAAGGCCUGGGAGCUGUUCCUGCUACUGGCAACAAAGAAUUCCUGGAGGCUGAUGUUUCUUUUGGGGGAAAAGAGGGAAAGUAGGAAGUGACUGAGAACCUUUUGAAGUAUAAUUUUAGUCAUUUCUUCUGUACACAGAUCAUGUAUUUACAUAGUUCAGACUAGAUGCCAAAUGAAGAUUCUAAACCAACUUAGUAAUUAAUCCAAGACUAGAAUUGUACUUUAAAUGCUUAGGACAGAAUUCUAAGAACUCAAAAGUGAAGAACAAAAAGCGAACUUUCCGAAAGCGAUACAAUUCCCCGAGGUCACCAGGGUAGCAACAGAACUCAUACCAUUGGCGAACCCAAGGUACUGAGAAUUUGAAGCAUUUGUGAGUCCUUUAGAGCUCCUCUGGCAAACAAGAGAAGUGCCAAACCAUACUCACUGCUGGGUAUUUUUAGAACCAGAGCUGAGAGCUUGUUAGCUAAGACUGAUUGGGCUUUCCUCACCAAAAAAGGAAGUGUUAUUCCAUUACUAGCGUCCUAGAGCUACCUCUGCACAUCAGCCUUUAGGCUUUCAAGUGGACAGACUUGCAACAUUCUAUAGGGAGCCUGGAUAUCCAAAGAGA